AUGUUCAUCCAAGGUCAAGACUAUACACAAUUUAAGAGAAAACAAAUAUUUUAAAAGAUUAUUACAAACAGCAAUUAUGGUUGUAUCUACAAAUAAGAUUGUAAUGUUUUCACAUAUCAUAAAGAUCAAUACACACCAAUCUGUUAUCAGAAAAUCUAGUCCAAGUUCAUCUAUAAGCUGAUUAUGCAAUAUAAUAAAUGUACAUUUUUUCGCAAGGUAGAAAAUCUUUAGAAAAAAUGUACAAAACACAGAUUAAUUGGAUCAUAAUGAUCAAUAACUAAUGUAUAUGAACUAUUGACCUCUAUUUUUGACAGAAAAUAAAUCAUGAAACUCAUAACAAAUUAUCUUACAAUUUCACAAUCACAAUUAAAUGAAACUAAAAUCUUAGAUUAUUUACUUCUGUUACUAAUAUUAACAAAUAAGUAGAUCAUAACAAUGU